AUGGACGGGUUUUCAUCACCGGAUGCCCUCGCUCUCCACCAAAAGUAUGGCAAUGUCGUCCGUAUCGCUCCGGAUGAGAUAAGCGUGGUGGAUUUGGCGGCAUUAAAAUCUCUAUAUGGCCAUGGGCAGAAGGUCGUCAAGAGCAAAUGGUACGAUGCCUGGAUUAUACCCAAAAUGACAGUCAGCUUCUUCGCGGCGCGAGACAUCAAGUUGCACCGGCACCUCCGAUCCCGAGUCUCGGCGGCCUAUAGCAUGACCACCAUCUUGUCAAUGGAGCCUCUGAUCCAGGACGUCGCUCAAAACAUGUGGCAGAAGAUGGGCGAGUUUGCUGACGAGGCAAAACCGGUCCCGAUGCAUGACUGGGCCAACUUCUUCGCCUUUGACGUCUCGAUCCACGACGGGUUCUGGGUCAUGGCGAAUAUGGGCAAUAUGCCGCUUCAAAUGUUCUGGUUCAACAACGCCGUGGCGCAGUGGCUGGUCAAACGGUUUGGAGGCAAGCGACUCUCCGCUUUCAACUUAUUUCUGGACUGGCUCGAUGCCCGAGUGGCAGAGCGAUAUAGGAACGGGCUGGGUGGCAAACGAAGGGAUCUCUUGCAGCAUUUCAUCGAGGCAAAGGAUAUGACGGGGAAUCCCGUCAAGAAGGAGGACGUCAUGAUUGAAGGGGUGAAUAUCCUCGGUGCGGGUGCGGACACCACGACUAUCGGAAUUCUAGCCACUCUGGGCGCACUUCUGCAGCACCCCGAGUCCAUAAGCCGCCUCCAAGCUGAGCUCGACGAGGCCUAUGCGAAGCUUGGCAUCGACGGGAGAAGCGAUGGGUUACCCUACCUCGAGGCGGCUAAGCUUCCCUUCCUUUCGGCAGUGAUCAAAGAAAGCACGCGACUCCACCCUUCCAUUCAGUAUCAGCUCCCACGUGUCGUGCCCAAAGGCGGACUCCUCGUUGGGCCGCAUCAGAUCCCCGAGGGCAUGGUCUGCGGCAUCAGUCCCGCGACAAUGAAUCGGUCGAAAGAUAUCUUUGGACCCGACGCUGACGAGUGGAAGCCUGAGCGCUGGAUUCCCAAGGAUGCGGACGACGAGGAAAGAAUCAAGACGUGGAAUUCACACCUAACCACCUUUGGGAUGGGCAGUAGAGGUUGGAAUGUCGUGGCUAUCCGCAAAUUCACGGAGGAGAGUCUCUAUCUCCUCGUUCUCCGUCCAUCGUGCCCACCACAGCGGCGUCCUUCCGAAAGAAUCCGGCAAGUCGAGAGCACCGUGCUCCUUGUCAAGGAGCUCCUGAACAACAUCUAA